AGAUCGUCGGCUGGCCAAUCGAAUUCAAUCGUGAUGUAACCGAUAAAACCGGGCAGGAAACGGUGGCUUGAAUCGACGAUGAGGGUGGUGUUCUGCGUCCUUGCUGCGGCAGCUGCAGCGGUCACGACCGACAAGGCUAACGAUGAGUUGUGGUGCAACGCUACAAUCAGCAAGCGCGUGAUGGAUGUCCCCACCACCAGUCCCCUGCAAUUCUGCACAAGAAACCAAGACGCGCGAUGCUGUCUGCCCAUCCACGACACAGAGAUCUCGACCACGUAUUUUGCCCUCAUGGAAGCCGGUCGGAAUUGCAGGCAGGGCCACAACAUGGCCGCCGAGUACCUCAAGUCCAUCUUUUGUGCCGCGUGUCGUCCCACCUCGAGUACAUAUUUGUCGAAUCCCAUCAACGUGGCGUUUUUUAGCGGCCAGACCUUUAAGAUCUGUCGGGAUUUGGCGGUAGAAGCAGCGCCCAUCCACUUUGCUGACUGUGGAUUUGUGUACGUUGGAGACCGGCAGGACAAUUGCAAACCCUCGGUAGCGAUCGCACCAAAAGUCGUGUUUCCUGGGUGCAAAGAAGGCCAACACGUUUGUUACGGAGAUCAAGGACGAUACACUUCGGCAUGGUACUGCAGCAGCAACCCAUGCGGAAGCGAUACACCCGCAGGAUUCCGCGACGUCCCGUGCAGCGGCGAAACGUGCUCAGACACGCUCAUGUUCUUCAACGACAACCGUGGUGGGAAGCCUGUGUUCUUCGAGGGAAGUGCUGUCGAGAUCAUCGACCAAGCGCUAUGUCCACCGUCAAACCCAGCGUGCUGCCUUCCAAGCGAUAUACCCAUCUACGAGGACGAGGGCGGCGUGUGAACCGGCAACAACGUCCACCGUCUUUGGCGUAGCAAGUUUAAAAAACAUGGCAUUCACUUUUAAUUGAGAG